AUGGCGUUAGCAUGUCAAAGGAACAGUUACCUGCGAGAGCUCAAAUCUAAGGUGAAAAGUUGUGUGCCAGCGGAGGCCACACUUGUAACAAAUGGGAAAAAAGGCAAAGUCAAAGGUUACGAGGUGAUCUUGGAGGAUACUGUUCUAUUUCCUGAAGGCGGUGGACAGCCAGACGACAGAGGAACAAUUAACAGUAUAGAUGUGCUACGUAUCACAAGGAAAGGGGCAGAGGCUGUAAACUUUGUAACCACAGAAAUCCCCACAGAUACCGAGGUUGACAUGAAGGUGGACUGGACUCGCAGAUUUGAUCACAUGCAGCAACAUACAGGCCAGCAUCUAAUCACAGCUAUAGCAGAACAGAUGUAUGGAUGUCCUACAACGUCGUGGUGUUUGGGAGAGAAAACAUCCUUUAUAGAGUUAGAUAUUCCAGCCUUGACAGAAGAGGAUGUUGUCAAGCUGGAGGAAACGGUCAACGAAAAAAUCCUGGAACAGAUCCCAGUCACAUGCCAUAUAUUUCAGGAAAAAGACGAUCCCAAACUGAAGGAAUUUCGUUGCCGGGGGCUACCAGAGGACCAUGUGGGACCAGUUCGAGUGUUGGACAUUGAAGGUAUUGAUGGGGGCACGCUCUGUUGUGGAACACAUGUGUCAAAUCUCACUCAUCUACAGUUGAUAAAAUUGCUUUUUGCUGAAAAAGGAAAGAAAAACAAGACGAAUUUACACUUUGUGGCUGGAGGUCGCCUGAGGAACUACAUGUCAAGGAGUGUACAGACUGAACGAUCACUGACAGGACUGCUCAAGGGUCCUCUAGAUCAACACUUUGAGUUAGCUGACAAGGCCGUGAAGGGAUUUAAGACUUGUCAGAAGAAUGUAACAAACUUACUGAAAGAUCUGGCUAUGUUAGAAGCACAGAAGUACAAGUCUCAGACUGACCCAGAUCCUGUGUUUGUUUUACAUCGGAAGGAAGGUGACAAUGAUUUCAUGAACAUUAUAGUACGAGAAAUCAGUGACAAGGAUGUGAGCUGUAUGUUAACUGUUGGAGAUGACAAAGGGGCGGGGCUGUUCCUUCUCUCAGGCAAGGAGGAUAUCCUCAAGGAAGUUGGACCAAGAAUGGCAGAGGUCAUGGAUGGUAAAGGGUCAAUGAACCGUGGAAAUUUUCAAGGAAAAGUUAAUAAACUAGGUCAGCGACACAAGGCAGAGAAAAUCUUUAGAGAGAUUCUACAACGAAGUGCAGAGCAAGCAGUGGCCAAUGAGAGUUAAAUCUGAUUUUGAUAUAGUGUUGUGUGAAGUGUUUUAGACCAUUUCUAACCCAGUUGGACUAUGUUUAUUUCUAAAUAUGUAAAAUGAAACUUGUCAUUAUUCACAAUUUUCAGCAACAAAUAUACAGAUAGUUUGAAAGUUACUACUUGUAAUCACUGUGUUCCAGCUAGAAUGGAGCUUUACACAUAACUAGUGUUUAAUGAAAAAUUCAAAUCGUUGAAAAAACCAGAGUAGUAGAGGCAAAAGAAACAUUAAAAAUCUAUCCAUCUGACAUGUCUUAACAAAUCUCCAGCUGUGAAACGAUAAAACGUGUUUCCAUUGUAGUCUGAUUCAUGUUACAAAAUGUUCACUGACCACUAGUUAUUUCUCACCAGCCUUUCAACAACCAGGACCAGAGUGCAGCACCCAGCACACAUUUUAAGAAACUAAAUUGCAUGCUGUCUUCUUUCUGAGCACCCUGUCUUAUCCCUGGGAGUCCUGGUAUUCUUUCUGAGCACCCUGUCUUAUCCCUGGGAGUCCUGGUAUUCUUUCUGAGCACCCUGUCUUAUCCCUGGGAGUCCUGGUAUUCUUUCUGAGCACCCUGUCUUAUCCCUGGGAGUCCUGGUAUUCUUUCUGAGCGCCCUGUCUUAUCCCUGGGAGUCCUGGUAUUCUUUCUGGCAUACCUUUCCUUUUUCGGGGGUGAUUAAAAAUGUUGCCAAGGUCAAGAAUACAAUAAACUUUCAUCAUAUC